AUCACAUAAUUAUUCAUGGAGAUUAUUUUAAAUGUGAGAAAGAGAAAAGGAUAAAUAUUAAUUAAUCUUAAAUUUAAUAUCUUUACAUUGAUUUUACAAGGAAGCCAUUUUAACUUAUGCAAUCCUGCUUAAAGUGGAGAACGGUCAGAUCUGUUUGCUGAAUCCCAUUCCAUGUCUCUAUUAUUGUAUCAUUAUUAUUUUAAAGCUUGUAAUUUACCAAUAACAACUGCGAUGCAGGCCACAUGUGAUCGAAAAGUUGGAGACAAAUGUGAGAGAUUUAUGUAAGAUGUUUUCAAACAGAAGGUUGAGAUGCCAGUUGAGAAGGCACUGAAUACUUUGCUUUCACGACGGAAAUUCCAUUCGUUAUCUUCAAGAGCUGACUCUAGGGCAUGUAAACUUAGAUGCCGGUUUAAUCAUCUGAUAAGGAACUGCUCCUCUGCAAACCCCGCAGUCGUCGUUGCUGGCGAUGAAAAGUACGGCAACAAGCAGGUCAUCAGCAUUACCCCUCGCCUCUACGACUACAUCCUCGCCAACGUUCGCGAGCCUCAGAUUCUCCGGCGACUCCGGGAGGAGACUGCCAACAUGCGCGGAAGCCAAAUGCAGGUAUCGCCUGAUCAAGCACAACUGCUGGCGAUGCUAGUGCAGAUUCUCGGGGCAGAAAGAUGUAUUGAAGUUGGUGUUUACACUGGAUACUCAUCGUUGGCUGUCGCAUUGGUCCUACCGGACUUAGGGUGUUUAGUUGCCUGUGAGAGAGAUGCCAAGUCUCUUGAGGUUGCAAAAAAGUAUUAUGAGCUAGCUGGUGUUUCACACAAGGUAAUUCUAAAGCACGGACUAGCUGCAGAUGCCUUAAAAUCUAUGAUUCUGAAUGGUGAAGCUGGCAGCUAUGAUUUUGCGUUUGUUGAUGCUGAAAAGAAGAUGUGUCAAGAAUACUACGAAUUGCUACUACAACUGGUUAGGGUGGGUGGAGUCAUUGUGAUUGACAAUGUCCUCUGGCAUGGAAAAGUUGUUGAUCCUAUGGUAAAUGAUGCAAAAACUAUUAGUAUCAGGAAUUUCAAUAAAAAUCUAAUGGAGGACAAGCGUGUUAGCAUCAGUAUGGUACCCAUUGGAGAUGGCAUGACAAUUUGUCGGAAACAAUGAUCUCACACCAAAUGCUACAUACAUCUUGAUCAUUGAGUUGUUCUGGGAUGCUCAUUGGAUUCACAAAUUAUCAUGCAACUGAUAUCUUAAUCGAAACAAUCUCUAAAAGGCUGCUUAUCUCUACAAACAAAAUAUAAAGUUGAUUUCGUUGACAAAAGUUUGAUUGCCUCAUAAGUCCCAAGUUUCUUCCACCAUAAGCAUGCUGAUGGUAUGUUUUGAUGUUAAUUCAGAAACUUGAAACGCCAGCAUCUGAUGUAACAAUAGCAUGUGAAUGACUGAUUUGGCAAGUAUGAGUUAGCAGCAGAGUCAACAAGCAAGUUUAAUGUCUAUUAUUGUUGUCGUUGUCACAAUUAGCGUCUUUGAUGGUUUCUGACUUUAUGUCGUUGAGAGUUAUCAAUUUCUUCUGUCUUCUUCAGUUCCCUUCACUCUGAUCCCUAGUAUUGAUCAGUGAGAAAACAUAGAAUGUUCCUUCUAUUUCUUUGAACUUCUUUCUGUUUUUAUUCUCUGUGCCCUAGAAAGCAAGAACAUUGACAAGAACCCUAGUUGCUAUCGAAUGGCUAACCCUCUUUGAAAAACCAAUAAGAAUGUGCAUCCAAA